UGGCUGCACAGGGAGGUGGUGGAGGCGCCGUCCCUGGUGGUGUUCAAGAGGCGCCUGGAUGAGGAGCUGCAUGAUGUGGUUUAGUACCAGUGGUGGCAAUGAGGAGGCGGUUGGACUGGAUGAUCUUAGAGGUCGUUUCCAACCUUGGGAUUCUUGUGAUUCUUGUGAACCUCAGCCAGACCCGUUAUUGGGGAGGGGGGGGACGCCGGGCAGGGCUCUGCAGGCCGGCUCCCAGCAGCAGCACGCGUCCCACUGCCCCGCAGGUGAUGGGCACGCUCUUCAUCUACGGCCUGUUCAUGGUGGAGCUGCUGCAGGACGCGCCGCUGGAGCGCAUGGACGAGAUCAUCUACUGCGUGAACGCCGUGAGCCGCGUGCUGGAGUUCCUGGUGGCCGUGUGCGUGGUGGCCUACGGCACCUGGGAGUCCGUGUUCGGGGAGUGGAGCUGGAUGGGAGCCUCGGUCAUCAUCAUCCAUUCCUAUUUCAACGUCUGGCUGCGCGCCCAGUCGGGCUGGAGGAGCUUCCUGCUGCGACGAGAGGCUGCCAAGAAGAUCAGCUCCCUGCCCCGGGCGACGCGCGGGCAGCUGAGGGACCACGAUGAUGUCUGUGCCAUCUGCUUCCAGGACAUGCAGGUGGCCGUUGUCACCUCCUGCCACCACUUCUUCCACGGCGCCUGCCUCCGCAAGUGGCUCUACGUGCAGGACACGUGUCCCAUGUGCCACCAGCGGGUCACGCCGGCGGCCACCGGGGAGGAGGGCGGCGAGGGCGCGGCGGCUCAGCCGGCGCCGGCUCGCGAGGACGAGGCGCCGGGGGACGGAGGAGCCGCAGCCCGGCCCCGGGAGGACGGACCGGCCCCGGGAGAGCCGCUCGGCGGGGUUUGCCUGGAUGACGGGACCGGGGUCUGCAGCCCCCGCCUUCCCGUUCGUCCCGACCCCCCCGCACCGGAGGAAGGAGGAGCGGGUGCCGUCCCACCGCCCAGCGCCGUGCCCCGUGAGGACGGGGACGCGCAGCAGCCGGCGCCCUCCGCUGCCGACCCUGGCCUCGACGCGGGGCGCAGCCAGGACAGCCACGGCGACCACCGGCCCUCGUAG